AUGGGGGAGGUGGCGGCGGUUGCUGCGGCACUGGACGCAGCCAUCGCCAAGACCGCCGCGGCACUGCCCGACCCGCCCCCGCCGCCCAGCGCGCACGACGCGACGCUCGCCUGCCGCCGCGCCGGCGAGCGCCUGCGCGACGCCGUCGCCUACUACGCGCCCCCGCGCCUGCCCGCGGCGCCGUGGGCCCGCCGCGCGGUCGCGGCGGGCGCGGCGCUGCAGGCGCGGGGGCACCUCGCCCUCGCGGCGAGCGCAUGCUUUGCACCGGUCCUCGCCCUCGGCCUCUGCAACGGGACAAGCCCCCCCAAAAGCGCACCAACAGCACAACCAGCUGCAGUCUCAGACCUCGAACUCCACGUGCAAGCGGCCCUGGGCCUGGCUGCCUGCCAAGGCGGCGCCGCCCUCGCGCGCGACCCUCACCUCCGCCACGUCAACACGCUCGCGGCGGCGCUCGCGGCGCUCCGGGACGCGAAGGCCGCGGCGAUGACGGCGCUGCCGCACGAGGCGCUGUACCACCUGGCGCAUGAUGCGGCGGCCGCAAUCGCCGGCCUGGCCGAGCCGCUGGCGGCGGCGGGGUUUUGCGGGCAGGCGCUCCAAUACGCUGUGUUUGCAGCCAAGGCCAUGGAGGCGCACCUGACGCUGGCGGCGCCACGCUUCCUGCCCUGGCGCGCGCGGCUCUACGCCCUCGCCGCGCGCUGCUACCACGGAGCGCUGUCGGCGGCGGCCGCCUCUCCCGGCGAUGCCCCCGGCCCCGACCCCGGCGUCGGCGCCCCGUCGGGCAGCACGCCGGCUCUGCCGCAGCGCCAUCAGCAGAAUUUGCCGGAGCAGGCGCUCGCGUUCCUAGAGGAGGGGCUCGCCCGCAUCGACCACCUGAUAUCCCUGCACGCGCUCGACCCCGUGCCGCCCGACCCCGCGGCGGCGGCGGCGCUCGCCGCCGCGCGCGGGGAGCUGGCGGCCCUGCGGCCACUGCUGGCGGCCGCGGGGGAGCGGCGGGCGGCGGGGGCCCCGGCGACGGGCCAGGGGACGGGCCCCGCGCAGCAGGGCGCGGCUGGUGGGCCUGCCAGUGCGGCCGCCGUGCGAGAGGCGGUGGGGGCCCUGCCGGACGACAUUGCGCGGCUGAGGACGCUUCUUUCUGUGCUGGUGACCGCCUGCAGCGACGGGCCGCCGCUGCGGCGGGAGCCAGGCGGCGUGCCGGCUGCGCUGCAGGCGGUCUUGGAUGAGGCACAAGCCCUGGCGGCGCCCGCGCUGGCCGCGUUGUCCGAGCUCGCGCGCACCGAGGGGCCGGCGCGGGCGCUCGGGGGCGGCGAGGCUGCAGCGGCGCCUGAGGCGGGCGGGCCGGCCGAGGAGGCGGUUUUCGAUGCGAGGGCUGCCUUGCAGCUGCUUAGGCCCCGCUUGCACCAGACGUUCCUGUGCAUCGCGCAUAGGUUUGACCAGGACCAGCUCUUUGACCGCCUCCUCGCGGCCGCAAAGGGCAGAGCCCUUUCAGGCAGCCUAUCAUGUGCCGAUGCCGUCGCGGCGGGCGCCGCCACUGGAACGACGGGGCGCGGUGGCGGUGGCGGGAAGGCCGGAGAGGAGGACUCAGAGGCGGCGCUGGUGGCGGUGGCGGGCUUGCUGGAGGCUGCGAGGGCGCUCGGGCGGGCACCCGGAGCCCGAGGCGCCGUCGGUGAUAUGUGCGCCGCCCUGGAGGCCCACGCGUCGGCAGCUGCCUCGCAGCUUCCCGCCCUGGUCGCCGCGGCCGCCCUCGCGCUGCACUCCGCCGCCGACGCGCUGCUGCUGCGCGACGCCUUCUGCCACGCCGACGCGCGCGCGGCCGGCGCGCUGCGCGUGCUGAGCGCGCUGCACGCCGGGUUUGAGGCCGGCGGCGUUGACGAUGGUUUGCUGCGGGGCGGCGUCGCGGUGCGGCUGGCGCUGCUGCUGGCGGAGGAGGGGCAGCUGCCAGAGGCCAGGGUAGUCAUCAAACAGGGGGUGGACGCGAUCGAGGCCGCCCGAUGCGAGGCCGCCAGCCAGCUGCGCGGCGCCGCCGACGAGCGUGUGCGGUGGCUCAGCGCGUCGCGCACGCAGCCGACCGCCGCCGCGGCCGCCGCGCUGAGCGGCAUGGGCGCGGCAGAGCAGGAGCUGGCCUGCCUGGACGCUGACGCUCUGCUGCUGCACUACAGGCUGGAGCUCGAGGCCGGCGUCCAAGACGCGGCCGCCAAGGCCGCCGCGCGCCGCGCGGGCGCGCUCGCCGCGACCGCGCGGCGCGACGGGCAGGCGGCGAUCUUUGGGGAGCGGACGGCCAAGCAGCGGCGGGAGGACGAGGCGCGGGCCGAGGAGGCCGGCAGGGUGGCGACGAACUCUGCGGCCAUGGAGCGGGAGCUGCUGCUGGGCUGCGGAGCCAACCCCUACCAACGCGCCCUGCUGCUGACUCAGAUGGCCCCGCUGCAGCCGGACGCCGCCCGACGCGCGGCGGCGCUUGAGGAGGCCGCCGACCUGCUAGAGGGCGCCCAGGCGGCAGAGGACGCCCUGUUGGCAGCAAUGCAGUCCCCUGGCGGCGCCGGCCCGACCACUCCCGCCCCCGGCCCGUUCGCGCCACCCCAGCAGCCGAUGCUGCUGCAGCGUGGCCCCUGCUUUGUGGAGUUGUCGCACUUCGCUCUGGCGGGCAGGGGCCUGAGGCGGCCUGCGUCGUAUGCGUGCUACUGCAAGCCCAGUGGCGCGGGCGUGGGCCUGAGCAUCAACCGCACAGCGAUGGAGUUCCCAGGCACUGGCGAGCGCGCUGCGGUGGGGGAGCGGCUGCGUAUCGAGGGCCUCAAGGGCAACGAGACCUACACAUUCGCGCUGGCAGCCUACGACGACAAGGGUGAGCUCAUAGGCGAGCUGGGCGCCAGCAGCCCGCCCAUCCUCGCCGCCCUGCCGCUGCCCCUCGCCCUCUGCUGGGCGCACCUCCAGCUCGCCGCCGCCCGCCUCGGCUGCCGCGCCGCGGAGCGCCGCGCGGGGGCGCGGCUGGCGCCGCUGUUUGUUUCGCGGGCGCCGGGCAGGCCGGUCUGGGAGGAGCACCCAAUGGAUGCGCUGCAGCUGCGGCAGGACGUGGCUGCUGCUGCUGCUGCGCCGCUGCUGCGGGCGUUUGUGCAGGCCACCCUCUCCCACGCCGCACGCGGCUCUGGGGAGGGGGACGUGGCCGCCGACGCGAAGGGGGGCGUUGCAGGGCCACGCGGCGGCGGCGGAGCGGCAGCGGCGGCGCGGCGGCGGGGUGCGGGGGCGCUGCUGUUGGAGCGCUCUGAGCCGCGGGUGGGGCGCCAGCUGGAGCUGCUGAGAAGCUGCAAGAGGGUGCUGAUCGCAAUGGAGGUGGCAUCACUAAUUGAUGACGAGAUGCUGACAGAGGAAGCCGCCCUCACCGCCCACAACCUGCUCGCGCCGCUCCUCGCUCGCCCCGAGCCGCCCGCCCUCCUGCGCCAGCCGCUCGCGGGGCUGCACCUCGGCCUGUCGCGCGUCGUGAAGCUGCGCGCGGCGCGGCAGGAGGGGCAGGGCGCGCAGCGCGUGGCUGCGGCGAGGGCGGCGGCCGCGACGGCGUGCCACCUCCUGAGGCUGUUGUCGGGGCCAGCCGGGGGCCGCGGCGGGGUUUGGGGCCAGGCGGGGGCGGGGAGCGCCGCGGAAGGCGGAGGGGCGCAGGCAGGGGGGCUUGAGAGGCACCUGGCGGCCCUAGACUUCGAUUUGCUGAGGGCGCUCGGCUCGCGCCCGGCGUCGGCUGGCCUCGCCGCCGCUGGCGUGGCGGACGACGGCACCAGCGCGGCGGCCGGUGCCGCGGCGAUGGUGGCUGCGGCGCCGGCGGUUGAAGGCGGGAAGGGCGGCAAGACGAGCAAGCCGCCCACGGGCAAGGCCAAGCGGGGGGAGUCGCCGGCAAAGGGGAAGGUUGGGGCAGUAUCAGAGGAGGGCGAUGCCUUGGGCGCGGCAGGGGCUGGCAGCGCUGGGAACGCACCUGGGGGGGCUGCUGCCGCGCAGGGCGGCGAGUGUGACGACAUCGGCGGCAAGGAGUGCGGCGCCGCGGCGCUGUCAGGGCCGGGGGGCUGCGAGGGGGCGCCGGAGCUGGAGCUUUCAAAGGCGGCGGUGCUGGCGCACCCUGCGGGGCGGGCGCUGGGGGGCCCCGUCAUGGAGAGGCUGAAUGACCCCUCAGAUCUGGAGGCGGCAGUGCUGCCCCACCUCAACGACCCAGAUCCCCUGGCUUCUUGCUGGCCCAUCCUGUCAGCAGACGGCGCCGCCUCCCACCCCCUCUGGCUGCCGCUCGGCGUGCGGACGCUCGACGCCGCCGCCGCGCGCGGCCGCGCCGCGCGGCGCGACCCGCGGCUGGCGGAAGCCGCCGAGCAGCUGCUGCGGCACGCGCGGAUGGCUGCGCGCGUGCCGCGGACGGGGGAGUGGGAGGCGUGGAGCCUGUGCUCCGCGGCCGGCGCGGCGGCGCAGGCGGACCCGACGGCGGCGCCCGAGGACUGCCGGCGCGUCGCCGCGGCGCAGCUGCUGCAGCGGCGGCUGCCGGUGCUGCUGCGGCGCCUGCGGCACAUGCGGGCGGUGCGCGAGCAGGCCGGGCGGUGGGCGCCGUGGCUGGCGCGGCUGCACACGUUGUUGGGCUAUGUGGCGGCCGAGACGGCCAUGGAGCACGUCCGUGCGGCAAACAGCGCGGGGGGCAGCUACGCGGCAGCUGCUGCCGGCAUCGACAGCAGCCAGCCAGUCGAGGGCGGGAGCACUACGAGGCGCUCCGCGCCCUCCAAAAAGGCGCCAGCGGCCAAAGCGCCCGGCAAGGCAGCGGCAGCCCCAGCCGCCGCGGCCGCGGCGGCCCCCGCAGAGGCCCCCGACGCGGCGGCAGCCGCGGCGGGGGCCGCUUCCAGCGCGGAGGCGCUGCGCUGCUUCUCGCGCGCGGCGGUGGUGGCGUCGCGCGGCGGGCCGCAGGGCGCAGCGUGGCCAGAGAUGUGCAACGCGCUGCGCGCUCUCUGGAGCGCGUGCCGGCCGCUGCUGAACGCGCUGCCGCAGCUGUCCUGCGCGCCGGCGGCCGCGGCUGCGGCGUGGGAGCUGCGGCCGCUGCCACCUCCCAGGAAUCCGCCCUUGGGGCUCUUAAGCUUGCAGCCUGCCCCCGCACAGGCUGACGGCGGGGCGCCCGCGGGCAAAGGCGGGGCCAAGGCCGGCGGUGACAAGGCGGCCCUCGCUCACAACGCAAGCAGCGCCGCGAGCGGCGGCGCUGCGGCGGGCUCGUCCAAGGGUCAGAAGCAGGGGCCGGGCGCCAAAGGCGGCGGCGGCGGCCCUGGGGCCGCGGCGGACGCCGUCCGGCUCGUGCCGACGCCCGUGACGCGGCGCCCCGCGCCGUGCGCGGCGCCUGCGGUGUUGGCGGCCGCGGACGCGCUGCUGGCCGUCGUGGCGCGGCUGCGGGCCGGGGAAGAGCACUGUCCUGGGGUCGCGCCGCUCCCCAAGCCGGCGGCCGCGCCGCCCGCCGAGCGGCAGCGGCAGCAGCGGGGCGAGCAGCAGGACGAAGAUCAGCGGCAGCAGCAAGACCAGCGGGGGCGGUCGGAGCAGGGGGCCCGGCAGACCGAGUUCAGCUUCGGGUCGGACGCGCUGACUGUGCGUUGGUACGAGGGCGGCCCGGUCGACGUGCCGUGGCUGGGGUGCGUGGUGCUGGCGCUGGCGGCGGCGCUGCGGCGCAGCGAGAGCUGGCACGCGGUCAUGAGCAUAGGGCGCCGCUGGCUGGAGUUGACCGACGGCCAGGGCGCGGAGGCGCUGCUGCCGCUCCUGCUGGAGGCCGCGCCCCUCGCGGGCGCCGACCCCGCGCCGGUCGCCGCGGCGCUGGACGCGGUGGUGCGCGACAAGAGCCAGACGGCCGACGGCCUCGACAGGGUCCGCGCCUUGGUGCGCGAGCGCCUGGGCGAGGCGCCGCUGCUCUCGCAGGGCACGGCGGCCAGGCGCCGCCGCCGCCAGCGCAACGCGCCGCCGCAGCCGCGCAGGACGCUCGUCGGCCCCGGCGGCGCCAGCGCGCGGGCCGUCGGCACCGCGGACGACGCGGAGAGCACCCUCAGCGGCGCACCCGGCCUGCUGGCGCGCCGGCCGUCCCGCGCGCCGACGGGCGCGCUGCCGCCGCUGACUGGGCGGGGAGCGGCGGGGGCGUCGGUCGCGUCGCUGCUACUGGGGGGCGGGAGCGGCGCUGGUGGGGGGCUGAGGAGUGUGGUGUCGCAGCCAGAUCACGUCAGGCUGCCUGAGGAGUACGGCAAGGUGAUCGAGGCGCUGCGGCUGCGGGAGGAGAAGCCGGCAAUGGCCUUGGCCCUGAAUGAGCUGGGUGACGUGUACGCCCACUUUGGGAUGUGGGACAAGGCGGCUGCCUCAUGGUCUGACGCCCUGGACACCCUGCUGGGGCCCUACCAGGUCGUCUCCUGCUGGCGCGACUCGCUGGAGCAGCUCCCCGCCGAGCAGCUGCUGCGCAGCUACGGCGCCCACGGCCUCCUGCUCGCCGGCGGCGUCCUCUGCGGGAAGCUCCUGCGGUUCGCAUACUCCCACGGGGACCUCGGGCGGCGCGCGAGCGCCGCGCGCCUGGCGGCGCACCUGCUGGCAGCGGUCUUCUGCUGCGACGCGGCGCACCCGCAGCGGGCGGCGGGGUUCGCGCUGCACGCGCCAGUGGAGCUGUGGCCGGGGGCGGACCUGUUUGGGGGAAACGAUGCGUACAGGUGCAACGUAUCCGACGUGGCCGCCGGCCUCGAGGCGGCCUCCACCGCCCUGCUUGACCACGGAUUCCCCCUGGAGGCCCUCCCCGUGAUUUGCUUAUGGGAGCACGCCGCCCGCCACGUCACCCGCCAGCUGGCGACGACGGCCCUGGCCCGCGCCGCGCGCACCCGCGCGCUGUGCGCGCUGGGCAUGCUGGGCGACGCGGCGCGCGUGCUGUGGGGGCUGAUGGCGGCGCACGACAUGCCGGACGGGCCCCUGCCGUGGCCCAAGGUGCUGACUCAGCACGGCCAGCAGGAGCAGCAGCAGCAGCAACACCACCAGCAAGCAGGCGGCAAGGCCGGCGGCGGCGGCGGCGGCGGCGGCGCCGCGCACAAGGCCCACGGACACGGCCAGGGCCAGCAGGGCCAGCAGCAGCAGCAGGGGGAGGCGGCGCCGGCGCAGCCGCCGCCAUACGACGCAAGCACGUGGCCCGGGGCGCCGCAGAACCGGCGGUGUGUCGUGGUGAUGUCAUCGGGCCGGCUGCACCCGCCGGUGGAGGCGUGCUAUGGGCCCUGGGCGGCCGCGGCGGUCGAGCGGGCGACGGCGGCGUGGCUCAUGGCCGCCGGCGGGACGCGCAACCACUGGCGCAGCUGCGACCCGGCGACAGGAGCCGCGGCAGGCCCCGCUGUCCCGCCGCACGGCCCGGCCGCGGCGGCUGGCAAGACGGCUGCGGCCGCGGCCGCGGCCGCGGCUGCUGCGGCGUCGGCCGCUGGGGAGGCGGGCGCGGGCGCGGCGGGGCCGCUGCCGCCACACAUGUGUGAGGCGAUUGAGGAGUCCCUGUUGGACGCGGCGGCCACCCUGCUGAGAAGCUGUGCGGCAGCUUCCAUGCAGGCGCUGCAGUCGUGCGUCACGGCUGCGUCGGCCGGAGCGGCGGCUGCGGACGGCGCAGGCAGCGCGGGGGGGUCGGCGGCGGCGACAAUGCGGCCGUCGAGCGGGCUGCGGCCGGGCACAGCUGGGAGCACGCGCAACGCGGCCGCUGCAGAGCGGCCGGGGACUGCAUCCAGUGGCCGGGAAGGUGGCGGGAAGCUGGCGACCCAGCGUGAGGGGGAGGAGACGCUCCUGCAACUGCCGCUGCAGCCGACGCAAUCUGGCAAGCUCGUCGGAAGCAGCGACCAGAUUGCGGCAGGGACCCAUCGCGCUGCGACCGCGCGCAGCGACGCUCACGCGACGGUGUCGGGGCCGCGGCAGCAGCAGGGGGCGAGCGACUUGGCAGCCCACUGCCACGCGGCUGUGGCCGCGCUGCUGCAGCUGUCAGAAGCGGAGGCGCUGCGCUGGGCGCCUGCCGCGGGGCUGGAUGCGGCGCUCAGCGCCGCGCGGGCGGCGCGGGAACACGGCGGGGCCGCCGCGGCGGCGCUGGCCGCGGCGGGGGGCGAGGACGCGGGGCGGCUCGCGCUGGGUCCCCACCUGUGGCUGCGGAUCCGCCUGCAGGUCGUGAGGCUCCUGCAGCAGCUGCAGCACCACCCCUCAGCCAUCAAGGAGGCGGCCGCCGCCCUCCAGGAGUGCGCUGCUGCCGGGGAGGACCUCAUCGCCGCGGAGCUCCUGCACCUGCAGGCCGGAUCCCACGCUGCCCUGGGCGCGGACGCCGUGGCGCUGGGAUGCUACAGGGACGCGGCGCAGCGGUAUGCUCGGCUAGGGACCAAGGGGGAGCGCGUGUGGCGGCUUCGGUCGGACCUGGCCGGCGCGCGGGGCCGCCUGGGGCUGCGGGCGGCCGCGGGGGAGGAGGGGGCGGCGGCGCUGGAAGUGCUGAGGCGGCAGGUGCACGAGCUGGGGCUGGCGGAAAUGGUGCACAACCGCCUGCUGAACCGCCAGGAGCAUCCGGAAAAGCUCUGCAUCUCCCUCUCCGGCACGGCCGAUUACGUGGGAGCACUCCUGCACUCGGCGCGCGCCGCCGCCGCUCACCGCCGCCUGGACGACGCGGAGGGCGCCCUGCGCGCCGCGGCGGCGCUGCUGCCACGCGCGCGGUGCGCGCCGCCGCUGCACGCGGCCGUGUGGCGGGAGCUCGCGAGGACGCUGCGGCUGGCCGCGGCGGCGGGGGCACCGCGCUCCGCGGCCGCGGGAGCCGCGGGUGACGCGGGGGCCCUCGCGGCGCGCGUGCGCGGCGCGGGCCCGGCAGGGGCGCUGGUGGGGGCAGCGGCGGGGGCGGCGGUCAGCAGGGCUCAGCUUGCAGCUGAGAGGCUGUGUGAUGCGCGCGAGUGCCUGUGCAGGGCCAUCGGUAUCCUCGCAUUCGAUGGCGCCUCUCAGAACUUCCAGAUACGCACCUGCCUGCUGGAGCUGGCAGCCUGCUCCAUCGCCGCCGGCGCGCCCGGCGCGGCGGCGGCCGCCCUGAAGCUCGCGCACUCUGCGGCGCGCAAGCACCGGGCGCUGCAGCUUGCGGCGGCGCAGCUCGCGCCCGGGGCGGCGGCGCCGCUGCCGCGGUGGCUGGUGGCGCAGAUCCAGGGGCAGGAGGCGUAUGCGGCCCAGCAGCAGUCACUGCAGCAGCCACAGCAGCAGCAGCAGCAGCAGCAGCAGCAGCAGCAGCAGACGGGCGGCCAAGGAGCUGCAAAGGGCGGAGAGCCCGCUGCUUCGUCCGCUGCCGAGCCUGCAGAGCCCUUGGUGGUGCGCCUGGCGCUCAGCCACCUCGCGCGGCUGCAAUCCGGCCAGGCCGGCGCCGCGGGCGGCGCGGACGCGGCGCGGUGCGAGGCGCAGCUACUCGCCGUGGCGCCGCCCCUGCGGCAGGCGUGCCCGAGGCUGGCGGCCGAGUGCGGCUGGGGCGAGGCCCCGCUCCCGCCGGCAGACGCGAGGGAGCCGCCGGCAGGGGCGCUGGUUGCUGAGUGGUACCUGCAGGACGGCGGCUGGCAGUACGGCGGGGACGGUCGCAGUGGCGCAGGCACUGGCAGCAGCACGCAGCUCGGCGAUCCCUUGUCUCAGGCAGACGUCCUGGCGCUGCCCCAGCCGCCUGAGAAGGCGUCCCUACUGUUUGUGAUAGGACCGCGGCAGCAGCAGGACGUCGGCGGGGCGGCGGCGCCGCUUGCUGGGGCGGCAGCCGAGGCAGGGGAGGUGGUGCUCGAUCCGGCUGCUGUGCGCAGGCUGCAGUGCAAGGUGACGGAGCUGUGCGUGCGGCUGGAGCGGCCGGGUGCUGCAACCGACCUCUUCCUGCAGCCCGCGCCCGGCGAGGCUGAGCUUGCGGCGACGAAGCACCUGGUCGAGCAGACGCUGGCGGGGGUGCCCGAGGAGGACAUGCCGCCGCCACCCACAAAGCUGCCGGACGCCCCGGUGCCAGCGCCAGCGGGUGGGGCAGUUGCGUCGGCGCCGGCAGCGGGGGCAAAGGGGCCCGCGGCUGCGGCAAGCGCGGCCAAGGCGGCGGCGCCUGUGCCGGCGGCUGCGGCGGUGGCGCCGGCCGGGGGCGCGGCCGGGGGCGCCAGCAAGGGGUCCCAGCCUCAGCAGGCGCAGCAGGGCGGCGCGGGCAGCCAGCAGGGUGGCGGGGGCGGGGCGGCCGCGCUGGACUGGCGGGCGCCCGCGACCUGGUCUCGGCUGGCGGCGCUGCUGGACAUGGAGUGCGGGUUUGACGGCCAGGAUCCUGGCCUUGGUGCGGCAUGGGCGUCGCUGGAGCUGAUCAGCUAUGUCCUCAUCCGCCCCUACUUUUUGCUGCUGCUGGAGAACAACCCAAAGCUGGCGGGCGACAAGAGGCGCAAGGGGGAAACGGCGACACAGAUGCUGCCUCGGGUCGUGUGUUUCUUGCACAAUGUACUACAGAUCCCCCUGGCCCUGAUGCUGCUGACUAACCCGGCCUUCCACAGCGGCGCGAACCGCAUGCUAGCCAGCAGCGAGUUCAGCACCCUGGUCAUGGCCAUCAGCGCGGGAUACUUUGCAUACGACACUGUGGAGUGCAUAGUGCGCUUUGAGCACGAGGGGCCAGAGUUCCUGAUGCACGGGGUGUUCUGCUUCGUAGUGUUCACCUCCCUCACCUACUGCAAGAGGAUGCACUUCUUUGGCGCGGGAUUCCUGAUGUGGGAGCUGUCCACGCCCUUCAUGCACUUCAGGCGCGCGGGCUUGGCACAUGAUUCCUUGUGCUGGGAGUGGGUGCUGUACAAGAUUGCGCGGGACAAGUCGCCGGUCUACCUCCUCAACGGAAUCCUGGGGCUGUUCACCUUCUUCCUCUGCCGCAUCUGCUGGGGGCCCGUGCUGAGCCUGCUCUUCUGGAAGGACUCUAUCCAAAUGCUGUCCGGCCCCGAGGCCGCCCUGCUGUCCAUCCCCCUGGUCUGGCUGUACCGCGCCUGCACCGGCAUCAUGAACGGCCUCAACCUGUGGUGGUUCCAGAAGAUGGUGAAGCUCGCGCUGGACGCCGCAUUCCCGUCGAAGCAGAAGCAGGCAAAGGCGGCGUGA